AGGAGGUACUGCCCCGGGGCGGAGAGGCGGGGGCCCGGCCGGGCAGAGCCGCGCCGCUCCCGCCCCUCCCGCCGCUCCUGCCGAUUCCUCGGCCGCUCCGAGCCCCGAUAGUAUGCCUCGAAAGUAAUAGAUUUUUCUUCAUAUCCUUACCAUGGAGGACUUGGGUAGGAAGACUUUCAGCUCUGAGAAGGAAGAAAUUAGCUACUGGAAAGACUUAGCUAUACAAUAUAAGCAACGGGCAGAAAAUACACAAGAGGAACUGCGUGAAUUCCAAGAGGGAAGCCGAGAAUAUGAAGCUGAGCUGGAGACUCAGUUGCAACAAAUUGAAACCAGAAAUCGAGAUCUUUUGUCAGAAAAUAAUCGCCUCCGCAUGGAACUUGAAACAAUUAAGGAAAAGUUUGAAGUGCAACUUUCUGAAGGCUAUGUACACAUCUCUUCAUUAGAAGAUGACCUUGCACAGACUAAAGCAAUAAAAGAUCAAUUACAGAAAUAUAUCAGGGAGCUAGAACAAGCAAAUGAUGACUUGGAGAGAGCAAAACGAGCUACUAUCAUGUCUUUGGAAGAUUUUGAGCAGCGGUUGAAUCAGGCCAUUGAAAGAAAUGCCUUUCUGGAGAGUGAACUUGAUGAGAAAGAGAAUCUCCUAGAAUCUGUUCAACGAUUGAAGGAUGAAGCCAGAGAUUUGCGACAGGAAUUAGCAGUGCAGCAGAAGCAAGAGAAACCCAGGACUCCUAUGCCCAGUUCUUUGGAAGCAGAGAGGACUGACACUGCUGUGCAGGCUACUAUGUCUGUGCCGUCCACACCAGUAGCACAUCGAGGAUCCAGUGUAAACACACCUGGAUCAUUCAAGAGAGGCUUGGAGGACAGUUACGGGGGUACUCCUCUCACGCCAGCUGCCAGGAUAUCUGCACUGAACAUCGUGGGAGACUUGCUUCGGAAAGUUGGGGCACUGGAGUCCAAACUUGCAUCUUGUCGAAACUUUGUAUAUGAUCAGUCCCCGAACAGAGCAAGCGUGGCAUCCUCGGGGCGAGGCAUCAAGACCAGAGAUGGCAGUGACAAACGGCCGAGCAGCACCAAUGUGCCUUUGGGAGAGAAGGGGUUAGGAAAACGACUGGAAUUUGGAAAACUUCCUUCAAGUAUUCCAUCACCAUCACUGCCAUCACCACAGGGUGUAGUCAAGAUGCUACUUUGAGAAUCAUGGGCAUUGAAGACUGGUAUUCUAGUUUUGUUAUCAUCUUUUAGUUUGAAUAAAAUAACAAACAGGUAUAGUAAUCAACUCCAUGUGUGGUGGACCAAGUAUGUAAGUUGGAGAACUAGCCUGCAGGCAGCAGUUUUCUUACCAAAUUUAGUUUAGUUGCCACUAUCUACAGUGGGCAGACUGAACAUUUUCUGUUACUUGUUUAUUACUGUUUAUUGUGGAAGUGGCUAUAACUUGUUACCAAAUACUUCGCCAACUCAAAUGUCAUAACUGACUUUGCAGCUGGGAGAUGUUUUACUAGGCAUUGAUUCCCCAUGUUUGUGCCUGCCCAUCCUGCUGGCCUGCCUCUAUUCUUCAAAAGACCCUUAUCACUUAAAAUACACUUAAAAUACAAAAUGGAUAGUGAUCCAUUUUGUCCAGUAUGAAAUUACUAGUGCUGUAUAUGCUUAUUAAGGGAUAGUUUAAAUUAUUUCUAGGAAUGAAAGGUAGUAUUUCUGUAGAAUAUUUCUUUUAAAAAGGAAUGGUACAAGGUUACCCCUUGUGAUCUAGCCAGAGCCUUUUAACCUUUUACUAAGUUAUUUAGGUAUUUUAUCUUAAGACUUUUAAUCCAGUUUCAAGCUAAAUUUCAUUUUGACAAAAGUCAGUAAAAGUUGGUUACUUUAGGGGUAGUUAGAUGGUGCAGUGGAUAGAGCACCAGCCCCGAAGUCAGGAAGGCCUGGGUUCAAAUGUGAUCUCAGACACUUAAAAACACUUCCUAGCUGUGUGACCCUGGGCAAGUCACUUAUCCCCAAUUGCCUCAGCAAAAAAGAAAAAAACUUGCAGGAAAAAAAAAGUUGAUUACUUUAUAAGUAAAUUGUAACAAUUGACUAUCUGAAUCUAUUUGUAGAUGUUGAUUUUAUUUUCAGAUUAGGCAAAUUGAGGCAGGUUGCCCUCUGUAAGGUAAUCUGUAUAAAACAGGUUUCAUUCAAAGGUAGAUUUGAAUUAUGUGAGACCUCCUUUAAAGGGGCCCACAAUGGAACUUUCCUUUCUUUUGAGGAAAGACUGUGACCUAAAGAUUGCUUAAUACAUAGAGGAAUUCAUGCUACUUGCAGGGAUUCAUCAGUGCUUGUUUGUAACAGCUAUUAUGUAUCUUCAGACUAGAGUGGGGAACUGCACUAACUUCAAGGACAUAUUCUCAUCUUGAUGAAUUAAAAGCUUUUGCUGACAAUUUUCCACUGAGAUACUUUUUGGGAAGAUAGCAAAAACUUUUGAGUUGGGAGUAUAGCUUUAAUUGCUACUGAAAUUAUUAAGUGGAAAUAUCACUACUGUUGAUGUUUAUUAAUCUAAGAAAUAUUCUUAACCUGUAUCAGAAAAAAAUGCUAUAUUUUUCUAAAAAAAAAAAAAACAAAACCUUUUUUUUUUUUUGGUCAGGGUGAUGCUUCAAGUUUGUUUUAAACCAAGCAAUAAUUCCAAAAUAGUUAUUUAAUGUCAUGAUAAACAAGUCCAUGUAAUGUUUAAUGUUUCCAUUUGGUUCUGCAAAAAAGUCCUGGGUAAAAUGACUUUUACAGGGAGGUAGUUAAUUUUCACCAAAAAAAUGUUAUAAAUGGGCAGUCAGCCAAAUGAUGUUGACAGUGGAGUUUAUUGAUAUGUCAGGGUUUGGUUAUAAUUUAUUAAGGAUUAACUAUUGUGAAAUGAUAUUAAGGCAAUAUUAUAUGGGGUAUGUUUUUAUUUGUACUUUGUCAUGUGGUCUAAAGCCUUGUGUUGUUUUUUUUUUAAUCAAUUAAAUGGAUAUGAAUUGAAUUAUCUUUGAAAAUAAAUUAUUUCCACACAGGUAGUUUUUUUAGAAACAUUAUUUCAGGUGAAGGUAGUGAUAAAGUAGUGCUAAUGUUCUGUCAAUUUUGAUGAGUACUUGUUACUUCUUGUAAUGGAAAUUAGCAGUCUUUUACUCCUCUUGCACCUACCUUAUCUGAGUCUCAGUGUACAGAAUAAAGGUUGUUCUUAAUGAUA